CCGGAAGGGAAGGAGGGAGCGGCGGAGGCGGUUCCGCUCGGCUCCUCUGGCGCGGCGGGGCCGCGGGCUGCCCGGGAAUUGCUACUGUUGGUGUAAGGACGUUGCUGUGAAGACGUCACAGUGAUAGUUCAUCUUGAUCACCCGAACAAAAUUCACAAGAGAUGGAGGACACUGAGCCAUGGUAUUCCCAGCAGGUGUACGCAAGAUACUGGAAGCACUAUGACUUAGCCAUGCGCUGGAUGCGUAGACACCAGAAAGCCUACAGGAAAGCCAUGGAGUCCUUUUAUCACCUACCAUGGCAUCCUUCUGCAGCCUCUCAGAGUAGCCGCUACUCAGAUUGGGAUGGGAAUGAUCUCCCACAUACCCAAAACUAUUCUUCCACAUAUAGCCGGCGUGGCAGACCUCCAUACCAUGGGGGAGCUCAGCAGCACACAGAUGCCCACCGAGGGAGGGAGGAUGCUGACAGGGACUGUGAAAUGGAGGAGGACUCUGAGUCUGAAGGGGAGAUAGAAUAUGACUUGAGUAACAUGGAAAUCACAGAAGAGCUUCGCCAGUUUUUUGCACAGACAGAGAGGCACCGGGAGGAACUGCGGAGACAGCAGCAGCUGGAAGCUGAGCAGCAGUACGUGGAGGCUGAUCAAGACCUUCACAAAAGGAUGGAGCGCUCUGUGCAGCCGCCUGCAGAAAGACCUGGCGAAAGGCGAAUGGCAGAAAUGAAGAAGCUGUAUGGUGCUGAAGCUGCCAAAAUUCAGGCAAUGGAGGCUGCCAUGCAGCUUAUCUUUGAUAGAAACUGCGACAAAAAGCAGCCCAAAUACUGGCCCAUUAUUCCCCUUAAGCUGUGAGUACCUGGACUGUGCCUGGCACAGAGCUAUAAGGAUGGGUGCCUCAGGAAGUUGUGUUGCUGAACGAGCAAACUGCAAAUUUUGGUUUUGGUUGGGCUUUGGAGCGGAGACCAGCAAGGGCAGUGUGUUUUUGCCCUGUGUUCCUUUUACACAGUCUGCCAGCAAUGGUCACAGUCCAUUCUACCUACAUACAGUUGUCAAGUAGUAAUAGGAGGGACAGUAAUAUCAAACCUGUCUGAAGUCACAGUUUCGCUCAUUUGAUACCAGCCUGCCUUGACCUGCUUGCAAGAAACAUAAAUGUCUAUACUCAGUGAACUGGGAAAAUUUAAAGCGAUUCAAAAAAGAAAAAGACUGUACAAAUUGUCUGCUCUUCCCAUUUAGGAAAUCGAGCGAUCCCAUUUUCUAGUCUUAUUUAACUUAGUAGCAUUUGGAUCCUGUUUAACACAGCACAGCUUGAAGUGUUAUGUCUGCUAAUCUUUGAUUUUUAUUUUUUUUUUUGAGAACCAGGAGCCCACUGGCCAAGAUACAACAUAUCAAAUUACUGUAGCCCAGCCAUUUGAAUUCUUUUUCAAAGGUUUGUAAUAAAGCAGGAAGUUUUUCUUCCAAACUGA